AUGGCGCCCCUCCGCAGGGCGGCCGCCCUGGUCGUGCUCGGGGCCCCAGCGGUCUCAGCGCUGUCCGUGGAUGCCCGGGCGGGCUGCGGCGGUCCGUCGAUGGACUUCCCCGCGUUCGUCGAGAAGUAUGGCCGCUCGUACCAGGUCGGCACCGACGAGUACAGCACGCGCGAGGCGGUCUUCCAGCGUCGCACCGCCCGGAUCGCGAGCCACAACUGCAACCCGGCGGGGCUCCACACGGCCGAGAUCAACCACCUCACCGACUGGACCCCCGAGGAGCUCGCCACGCUCCGCGGCCACAAGUCCCGCAGGGGCGCGUCGGGGGGCGUCGGCCAGUCGCCGUUCCUCCUGGCGAAGCGGGGCAAGGGCGUGGAGCAGCCUGUCCCGACGGACUUCUCCUGGGGCCACCUGGCCUCCAUCAAGGCCAACAGCAGCGAGCAGGGCACUUGCGGCAGCUGCUGGGCGCAUGCCUCGAGGCUGACCAUGGAGUCCCGAGCGGAGAUCAAGGGGCUGACGAACAUCGGGUUUUCGGCCAACCAGCUCAUCGCGUGCACGCCGAACCCGAAGCACUGCGGUGGCGAGGGCGGCUGCGACGGUGCCACAGCCGAGCUCGCAUACGAGUACGUGUUCAACAAGGGUCUGCUGCAGGGCAGCGAGUGGCGCGCCAAGGCGGGGGACGACCAGAAAGCAGAGUGCCCUAAGGCCCUGAAGGCGUCCACCGAGGUGGCCACCAAGGGCAUCAUCGGCGCCGACGGCAGCGAGACGCACCGCGCCUCGGCGAAGAUGGCCGGCUUCGCCACUGGCCUCACGGGAUGGACGAAGCUGCCCGAGAACAAGGAGGACGCGAUCGUGCGGGAGUUGAUGACCAACGGCCCGCUGUACGUCGCUGUGGCCGCCGGCGACGGCUGGUUCGACUACAAAGAGGGUGUCAUGACGGAGGACUCGUGCGAUAGGGACUUCAUCGUGAACCACGCGGUGGUCCUCUUCGCCUGGGGCGUCAAGCAGAAGACCGUCCGCGGGCCGGUCAAGUAUUGGCAGAUCAAGAACUCGUGGGGCCCGCAGUGGGGAGAGCAGGGCGCGGGCCGCUUCAUCCGCUCGGACCACGAGGAGAAGGUGUGCGGCUGGGACGAGGACCCCCAGUCGGGCUCGGGCUGCGACGGCGGCCCCGAGAGGGUGUGGGUCUGCGGCACCUGCGGCAUCCUCUACGAUGCCGUGGCGCCGCACUUCUGA